AUGAAGGGGGUUCUCUUACUAGGCUGUUUUGCAGCGCUUGUUCUUAUUACAAGUGCACGAACCCUUGAGGAAAACGACAAAGCUGAUCUUGAAUCAGCAGCGACCCAUCAUCACGAAAAAGGUGGUGGCAAGGAACAUCAUGCCCAUCAUCAUCAUGAGCAUGGUGAAAAGGGCCAUAAGGGUUACAAAGGGCACCAUCAUCAUGAACAUGGCAAAAAGGGACACCAUGACCAUAGCGGCCACAAAGAACAUCAUGAAGGUCACGGAGGGCAUAAGAAACACCAUCACCACGAGGAUGGUCACCACCACAAACACCACCACGGCGAAAAGGGUGAAAAGGGACACGGAUUUGAAGAAAAGGGACAUUACCAUAAAGGGCACUCUACCAAAGGACACCACGGUGUUCAUAAAUUAGAUGAGUUUAAGAAAGAUAAGCACUUCCAUCACAAACAUGGAGAAUCAGGUUUCGAAGAAGGUCACGGUGGCCACCAUCAUGAACAUGGUCACAAGAAAGGUGGUCACUUCCACAAGGGACACGAGCACCAUGGUCAUCACGAGCACCACCAUGGCAAAAAGGGACAUCAUGAAAAGGGCGGCCACCAUCACGACCAUAAGGGCCACCACGAUGAAGGUGGCCACCACGAACACCACCACCACCACAGUGGAUUCGGCAAGAAAGAAGGUCACGAUGAUCAUAAGCACUGGGGUUUCAAGAAGGGCCAUUAA